UGGAGCUUGAGUCAGGGGUGGGGACACCCAGAGUUUGGCAGAACCGACCAUCAGAGUGCUAGGUCAACGCUCGAGACGGCGACAGCGGUUUGAAGAUGCAGGCUGCGAGGAUGACCCCGGGGGUGGGCCAGCAGCUGCUGAGGCUGAGGGGCAGCAGCCUGCGGCCCGGUGCGCUCCUGGGGCAGCCCCUGCCCGGCCCUGCCCGGCGAGCCUAUGCCAAUGGGGCCGCUCAGGCGGUUCUGGACAAGUCAGAGACCCUCUCCUCUGAUGCUUCGGCCAGGGAAAAACCGGUCAAGGCGGAAUCCAAGUCCUUUGCUGUGGGCAUGUUCAAGGGCCAGCUCACCACUGAUCAAGUGUUCCCGUACCCAGCUGUGCUCAAUGAGGAGCAGACACAGUUUCUCAAAGAGCUGGUGGGGCCUGUGACCCGUUUCUUCCAGGAGGUGAAUGAUCCUGCCAAGAAUGACUCGAUGGAGCAGGUGGAGGAGACCACACUGCAGGGCCUUAAAGAGCUGGGGGCCUUUGGUCUGCAAGUGCCCAGUGAUCUGGGCGGUGUAGGCCUCUGCAAUACCCAGUAUGCCCGCCUGGUGGAGAUUGUGGGCACACAUGACCUUGGCGUGGGCAUCACCCUGGGAGCCCACCAGAGCAUCGGUUUCAAAGGCAUCCUACUCUUUGGCACGAAAGCCCAGAAAGAAAAAUACCUUCCAAAGUUGGCUUCUGGGGAGACUCUGGCUGCUUUCUGUCUGACUGAGCCCUCCAGUGGGUCCGAUGCAGCCUCCAUCCGAGCCUCCGCGGUGCCCAGCCCGUGUGGGAAAUACUACACCCUCAGCGGAAGCAAGAUUUGGAUCAGUAAUGGGGGCCUAGCAGAUAUCUUCACAGUUUUUGCCAAGACUCCAAUUACAGACGCAACCACGGGGGCUGUAAAGGAGAAGAUCACAGCUUUUGUGGUGGAGAGGGCCUUUGGAGGUGUUACCCAUGGACCACCAGAGAAGAAGAUGGGCAUCAAAGCCUCCAAUACAGCAGAGGUGUACUUUGAUGGAGUACGGGUGCCAGCAGAGAACGUGCUGGGUGAAGUGGGAGGUGGUUUCAAGGUCGCCAUGCACAUACUGAACAAUGGAAGGUUUGGCAUGGCCGCAGCCCUUGCAGGCACCAUGAAAGGCAUCAUUGCCAAGGCGGUGGAUCAUGCUGCAAAUCGUACCCAAUUUGGGGAGAAAAUUCACAAUUUUGGGCUGAUCCAAGAGAAAUUAGCCCGGAUGGCUGUGCUGCAGUAUGUGACUGAGUCUAUGGCUUACAUGGUGAGUGCCAACAUGGACCAGGGAUCCACGGACUUCCAGAUAGAAGCUGCCAUUAGCAAAAUCUUUGGCUCGGAGGCAGCUUGGAAGGUGACCGAUGAGUGCAUCCAAGUCAUGGGUGGCAUGGGCUUCAUGAAGGAACCUGGGGUAGAACGUGUGCUCCGAGAUCUUCGUGUCUUCAGGAUCUUUGAAGGGACGAAUGAUAUUCUCCGUCUAUUCGUGGCACUGCAGGGCUGUAUGGACAAAGGAAAGGAACUUUCUGGGCUUGGUAGUGCCCUAAAGAAUCCUUUUGGGAAUGCCGGCCUCUUGCUAGGAGAGGCUGGCAAACAGCUGAGGCGGCGAGCAGGGCUGGGCAGUGGCCUGAGUCUCAGUGGUGUCGUUCACAAGGAUUUGAGUCGUAGUGGUGAACUGGCGGUACAGGCUCUCGAGCAGUUUUCUACCGUCGUGGAGGCCAAGCUGAUAAAACACAAGAAAGGCAUUGUCAAUGAGCAGUUCCUGCUACAGCGUCUGGCAGACAGUGCCAUUGACCUCUAUGCCAUGGUGGUAGUUCUCUCCAGGGCCUCAAGAUCCCUGAGUGAGGGCCACCCUACAGCCCAGCAUGAAAAAAUGCUCUGUGACAGCUGGUGUAUUGAGGCCGCAGCCCGGAUCCGGGAGACCAUGGCUGCAGUACAGUCAGAUCCCCAGCAGCAGGAGCUCUUCCGGAACUUCAAAAGCAUCUCCAAGGCCUUGGUGGAGCGCGGUGGUGUGGUCACCAGCAAUCCUCUUGGUUUCUGAAUCCCCCCAACUAGGGCCUGGCCCAGAAUGUGCCUUUCCUCAAGCCAAAGCCCACAACCCCUUACUCUGCGCCCUGCUUCUGCCUUGAAGAGGGCCUUGUUGUCAUAGGGCUGUGCCUUCGCAGGAAGCACUUACUGCCUCACAAAUAAAGCUUGAAACAAGUCA